AUGUCUGUAGAUUCAGAUUCCGACCACAGUUUCGGUGACUGGGUGGAAAGUGGACCAGAUAGUGUAAAAUGUCUAUUCUGUGAACUUUUGUAUGAUGAAGUAGCAGAAGCAAUAGUUCACUGUGCUAAGGACCAUAAUUUUGAUUUACCAUUGGCAAAACGUAAGUAUACCAUGGAUUUUUAUUCAUAUAUAAAAUGCAUCAACUACACAAGAACUCAGAUACAAGAAGAUGAAAAUUUUAAUCCUAGUACGCUGUUUGAGGAUGACACUGAGCCUUGGAAUGAUGAUAAAUAUUUAACACCAGUUUUAAAAGAUGAUCCUUGGCUAAUGAUUGAUAUUGAUGAUGUAGCUGAAGAUGAAAAAGAAUCAGAAUCUGGUUAUACCGUUAAUUUUGAAAAUAAUCAGUUUACCUUGUCGUCUGAACAUUUUAGCCAUAUACAAAAUAAAAUUCAAACAGUUACAAAACAGUUGGAAUUAAAAGAGAAAGAACUUGCCGACGCAUAUAGUCAAAUGCUUCAAAUGAAAGAUACACUAACAAAAGUUUUGUCUGCUCGACCAGAAGAAUCCAUUAACACAGCAUCUACUUUAAAUUUAGAAGAUGAUCAUGGCUAUUUCGGUUCAUAUUCAUCUGUUGACAUCCAUUAUGAAAUGCUCAAAGAUAAAGUACGGACAGAAAGUUAUUGCUCUGCUAUAUUACAGAACACACCUUCAUUUAACGGUAAAACAGUAUUAGAUUUAGGCACAGGUAGUGGAAUACUAUCUAUGUUUAUGGCCAAAGCACAAGCAGCCAAAGUUUUUGCUGUUGAUGAAGCUGAUAUACUAUAUAACGCUACAGACAAUUUUAGAGAAAAUGGUUUUGAUGAUAUCAUUGUCUCAAUCAAAGGAAGAAUUGAAGAUGUCAGUUUACCUGUAGAAAAAGUUGAUGCCAUUGUUUCUGAAUGGAUGGGAUAUUUUUUGUUAUUUGAAUCAAUGUUAGAUAGUUUGAUAUUUGCCCGUGACAAGUAUUUAAAUAAAAGUGGAAUUAUGUUGCCAAAUGAAUGUAACCUAUUCAUCUGCGGUGUGAGUGAUACAGAUAGAUAUGAUGAAAUAUUGGGAUUUUGGUCAGAUGUAUAUGGUUUUCGUAUGCCAUCUUUAAGAACAGAAACAUUAAAUAAAGCACAAGUUGAAAUUGUACCAGUUGACCGAAUUGUUACUGACGAAUAUAAACUUUGCACAUUUAAUAUGUAUACGUGUGAUACGAAUUCAACUAAUUUUAAAGUAGAAUUUAAACUUAAUGUCACAAAAACAUGUUCAAUGACUAGUAUAGUUGGGUACUUUGAUUCGAGAUUUGAUAAUAACAAUACUGUGAUAUUAUCAACAGCACCAAACUGUCCACCAACUCAUUGGAAACAGACAGUAUUUCUUCUACCAGAUCCAAUUGAUGUGAAUGAAGGUGAUUUACUUGUUGGAGAAUUCCAGUGUUCCAGAAAUAUAAAACAAGUAAGAUCUUUAAUUGUCACAAUCAAUAUAAAUAAUAAAACCUAUACUUAUAAUGUAUCUUAG